GGAGCGGAUCGAGCAUACGCAGGGUCUCGAUGGUUGCACCAUACUCUCUCCCUGAAGCUCCCUGCACCCGCUACACUUCUGUCACUCACUCUGAAGACCCUGCAUCCGUCCCAGAGAAUGCCCAGACUUUGCUGGACAAAGCCAACGCCUACCUUUUGCCCGUAUUCGUUCGCCCGCCUUUUGUGCUGACACACGGCAAGGGUGCAUACGUCUGGGACACCCAGGACCGGAAGUAUUUGGACUUUUGUGCAGGUAUCGCUGUGAAUGCACUUGGACACGCAGACGAGGGUGUAGUCAAGGUUAUGGCAAGUGAGGCUGCCAAACUGUUUCACACGAGCAAUGCGUUCCAUCACCAGUGGAGUGCAAAGCUUGCCGAGCUGCUGGUAACUCUCACGCAAAAGGAGGGUGGUCUAGGCUGGACGACCGGCACGGCACCGUCCACUUCGGGUGCGAAGGUGUUCUUCUCCAACUCUGGCACAGAAGCCAACGAGGGCGCACUCAAAAUCGCUCGGAAAGCUGGCAAGGGACGCUGGGCGGCCAAGCACGGCAAAGAGUGGGAAGAUCCUGCGAGUGACAAAUUCGAGAUCGUCUGUUUCGAGAACGCGUUCCACGGUCGGUCUAUGGGUGCGCUCAGCGUGACGACGAACCCCAAGUACCAAAAGCCAUUCUCGCCUCUCAUUCCGGGUGUCAAGGUUGGGAUAUUCAAUGAGAAGACGCAGCUUGAAAGCUUGAUUAGCGAGAAGACAUGUGCUGUCAUCGUCGAGCCGAUCCAGGGCGAGGGAGGGAUUCAUCUUGCUGACAUCGAUUUCCUGCGUGCACUCCGGAAGCGAUGCGACGAGACCGGCGCGGUGCUGAUCUAUGAUGAAAUUCAGUGUGGACUGUAUAGGACGGGAAAGCUGUGGGCACAUUCGGCCAUGCCUGUUGAAUGUCAUCCUGAUGUGGUCACAAUGGCAAAACCGUUAGCAAACGGUUACCCCGUCGGCGCGGUCCUAAUGCGCGACAGCAUAGCAGAGGUCAUGACAGCUGGUACACAUGGGACAACCUUUGGAGGCUCACCACUGGCAUGCGCCUUGGGCUUCCACGUCUUGUCACGAGUUUCUGAGAAACCGUUCGUGGCACAAAUUCAAGAGACAAGCGCGUACCUUUCUGCACGGCUGUCUCAGCUGCCGAAGUGGUUCCCGGAGGUCCUGCAGCCCGGUGUGCGAGGGACGGGUCUCAUCCUUGGGCUCGGACUCAGGAACCCUGAUCAUGCGGGAAAGCUGGUGCAGAUGGCGAGAGAACGAGGCGUCCUCAUAUUGACCGCAGGCAAGGAUGCUGUGAGAUUCGUUCCCAGCCUGAAUGUCGGCCGUGGAGAGGUGGACCUUGCGGUGGAUGUGCUCGAGAGCUGCAUUGUGACGCUGGACACCGCGUAGAGACGGCUGUACGACGCAUGUAUCCAGUGCUAGAGGACCCUGUAUUAUCGCAAAAAAGCCUGCGAUAUCCC